CCAGGACCCUGCAUUCACUAUAUCUGGUCUCCCACAGUACACAGAACAUGGAAAUGCAAUUAUUUUAGCAAAUAUAAACUUCUAAAUAACUUUUCUCAUCAGCAGUUAGAGCAGUCUUGUGACAUCUAUUGGUGUCCAGCAGAGCACUGGUUAAAGCUUGUAGGAGGAGUUUUCAUUCUCCCUUGAUUGUCCAAUGAGGCUGCAGGACCCCGACCUUCUAUCUGGACAGUGCUGAUUAGCCCUGUGCAGAUCACAUUCACUCUCCCAAAACUAAAAAAAAACUCUUUAGCAAUACACACCAAACUGGGCAU